UUGGCGUCUCAUUCCCAUCUCUUCCCAUCCCGCUCCCCCUCUAAAUUCAAUAUGAAAUACUCCGGAACCAUCAUCAUGGCGGCCCUAGCCGUCGCCCAAGUCUCCGCCCACGGCGUCGUCACCGAGGUCCAGGGCGCCAACGGCGUCAACCUCCCCGGCCUCUCCCUCAUCGACGGCACCCCUCGCGACUGCGCCUCCCCGCGCUGCGGCUCCGAGGCCGACACGUCCAUCAUCCGCGACCGCGAGCUCGGCACCUCCCGGGCCUCGGCUCUGGGCCGCACCGUCGGCGGCGGGCCCGUCGACGCCGCCGCCAUGAUCGCCCUGUUCAUGGACGGCGCGGGCGCCAACUCCACGGCGGCCCGCCGGGCUCGCGACCUGCACGCCGCCAACCUCGCCGCCAGAGCCGCCACCACCGGCUUCGGCCUCGGCCUCGGCCUCGGCGCCGGCGGGGGCCGCGGCGGCACCAAGACCCCCAAGGGCACGGUCGAGGCGUCCGUGGGCGCCGCCACCGGCGCCGCGGCGUCCGACGGCCUCCCCACGACGGCCGACGACGGCACCCUCUCCAUGGUGUACCACCAGGUGAACCAGGACGGCGCGGGCCCGCUGACGGCGUCCAUCGACGCCACGUCGGGCGGGACCGACCCGUCGGCCUUCCGGGACGCCGAGGUGACCGCCGACGUCCCCGGCGCCGGGUUCGGCGGCCUCUCGCUGGCCACGACCACCGACUUCCCCGUCGCCGUGCGGAUGCCCGCGGGCAUGACGUGCCGGGGCUCCGUCGGCGGCGCCGAGGGCGUCUGCGUCGCGCGCCUGCGCAACUCGGCCCUCGCGGGGCCGUUUGGGGGCUCCGUCGCCUUCACGCAGAGCGCCGCUGCCAAGAAGCGGGCCGUCGAGUAUAACCUUGCCAGAAAGAGGUUCGCGCGCGGGUUCCGCGGGGGGCAGUGAGCUGUUUUCUGUCUUCUCUCGUCUUCAUAUUUCUUGUUUUUGGGGGGAGUCUUUCUUUUGGCUUUAGUCGUUGUGCUUUAGGGAUACCAGGACCAUGGGAUGGGUGGAAAGGCCUGUACAUAGACGGCGGAUUUCGCCAUAAACUGUCCAUGAAUAUGAGCGAGGCCUGGCAAUUGGAAGGAGACCGGGAUACGGAUACUCAAUGUUGCUAUUCUAUCUAUACUCACUGGGUGAGCUUCUAAGUACCAGAAGGAAAGAGUC